ACGUCACGUCCACACUUGAACUUGCAGCUCAGGGGGGGCUUCGACGUCCCCCACCACCUCCUCACAUCACUCUGUGCGGAGAGAGGAGAGAAAAAAAAAAAAGUCAUGAGGAGCUCGGCGCAGCCCGCAGCGCGUUACGCACCACGCUCUGAAUGAUCCACAGCUCGGUCCGCUGUCAUUUCCCCGCACCUGGAUGACAAACGCAUCAAUGAAGCUUUUCCGUUUGGACUCUACCUUUUAGGAGCGGGUUUCCCGAUGUGACCUGAGCCGAAGAGCCGCCGCCAAACCCACCAUGUCUCGCCGCAAGCAAGGCAAACCCCAGCACUUGAGCAAACGGGAGUUUUCGCCUGAGCCUCUCUCAGGUGUUUCACCAGAAGAAGACUCUCAGGACUCCCCCAGGUUGGGAGUCUCCAGGAGAGAGUCUCUAAAAGGGGACCAGGAUCUGCUUACCUGCGGCCAGUGCCACACCCGCUUCCCCCUGGCUGACAUUCUGCUGUUCAUCGAACACAAACGGAGGCAGUGCCACGGCGGCCUCUGCACGGACAAACCACUGGACAGGCCGCCGUCCUCCCCACUUGCCUCCCCCCUCUCCACUUCUUCAACUCACUCACGAACCCAGCACCUGCGACAGGCCUGCCACCCCGUGGAGGUGGCGGUUCAGGUGUCGCCGCUGGACGAGGAUUGUUUAUCUGCGCCCUUGCAAGGAAUAAUCCCCAAGCAGGAGAAUGUUACAGAUAAAGAUGAGCCCAGCAGCUACACCUGCACCACAUGCAAACAGCCCUUCACCAGUGCCUGGUUCUUGCUUCAGCAUGCCCAGAACACCCACGGUUUCCGCAUCUAUCUUGAGAGUGAACCUGGUAGCCCUCUGACCCCCCGUGUGGCUGCAGCUCCUGGAAUGGGGGGUGAUUGUGCCUCCUCCCAGCCUCCCCUGCAUGCUGUCCACUUGGCUGACGGCAGCCCCUACAGCCUCCUAAGGAUGCCAGGUUCAGGGUCUGGUCGGGAUUCAGCAUCUACGCCUCGUGAAGGCCGUUACCCCCGAACACCCCCACUGUUUAGCCCACCACCACGGCACCACCUGAGCCCCGAUGACCUUGCCUUGGCAACCCACCACCCUAGCGCCUUUGACAGAGUGAUGAGGCUAAACUCAGUGCCAUUAGAACCCCCUCAAAGCAUGGACUUUUCGAGACGUCUCCGUGAGCUGGCCGGCAAUGCCACUGGAGGUUCUCCACCUCUUUCCCCUAACAGACCCAACCCUAUGCAACGGCUGCUGCAACCAUUCCAGCCAGGUUCCAAACCUCCAUUUACAGCCACGCCUCCCCUCUCCACCUCUCAGUCCCCUUCUGGCUCACACUCUACCCCCAAUCUUGUAUCCAAUUCAGUCCAGCCAGGAACCCCUCUCAAGGCAAAGUCUUGUGAGUUCUGCGGAAAGACCUUCAAGUUCCAGAGUAACCUUAUUGUGCACCGGCGAAGCCACACAGGGGAAAAGCCAUUCAAGUGUCACCUUUGUAACCAUGCCUGCACGCAGGCCAGCAAACUAAAACGCCACAUGAAGACCCACUGUCAGAACAAGUCUUCUUUGAUUAAUGCCAAGUCAGAUGACGGCCUCUCGACUGCGAGCUCUCCUGAACCUGGUACAAGUGAGGUAUUAGGCAGUGCCACAGAUGCUCUCAAGUCAGUGGUGGCCAAGUUCAAGAGUGAGAAAAAUGGACUGGGGCCUGAAAAUGAAGAUGAAGAUGAGGAUGAGGAAGAAGAGGAGGAAGAGGAGGAAGAGGAUGAAGAGGAAGAAGAGGAGGAGGAGGGGGAAGAAGAGGAAGUAGAAAGUAAGACUGGAGUUGAAGAAGAGGGACGGAAUGACUAUUGCUUCAGCCUGAGGCUUGAAGGAGCUCGUCACCACCAGAACAGUGAGGCCCUACAUCCGCAUCGCCGGAGCUUGUCCCGGGGACCUGGUGAUGAGGACUCAUCUGUGAAGAUGGAUCGUGCAGAUGAUGGAACCACCACUGCCAUCAAUGGCCUGGGAUCUCUACCUAAUGACAGCUUGACCAGGAAGCUUUUGGGUGGUGGUAUUAGUCCCGACUCUAUCAGCCCCUUAUCCAAACGUAUCAAGGUGGAAAAAGACCUUGACCCUCCCACGCCUACUAUCCCAAACACAGAGAAUGUUUAUUCUCAGUGGCUAGCUGGCUACGCUGCCUCACGGCAACUCAAAGACCCUUUCAUCAACUUCACAGGUGGGGACUCUAGACAAUCACCCUUUACAUCCUCAUCUGAGCACUCAUCAGAAAACGGCAGCUUACGUUUCUCCACUCCACCUGGUGAGCUUGAUGGUGAACGGGCCGCCUCAGGACGCAGUGGCACCGGCAGUGGGGCCAGCACUCCCCACGGUGGCAGUGGGAACGGCAGACCGAGCUCCAAGGAUGGCCGCCGCAGUGACACCUGUGAAUUUUGUGGCAAGGUGUUUAAGAACUGCAGCAACUUGACUGUGCACCGACGCAGUCACACUGGAGAGCGGCCAUACAAAUGCGAGCUGUGCAGCUACGCCUGUGCACAGAGCUCAAAACUCACCCGCCACAUGAAGACCCAUGGACAGAUGGGCAAGGACGUGUAUAAAUGUGAAAUUUGCCACAUGCCUUUUAGUGUGUAUAGCACUCUAGAGAAACACAUGAAGAAAUGGCACAGUGACCGCUCUUUGGCUAAUGACAUUAAAACUGAAUAAGCAAAGAGCAGUUGUCUUUCAGCUCCUUUGGCUAAAAAAACAACCCUUGCUGACUGGACAAUGAGCAUGGGGAAAAGACAACAGGGUUAGACACCAGAACGCAGUGCAGCCCUGCUUUCAUCCUCUUGGAGAAAGCUUGAUGCAUGAUCCACGAUUGGGGCAAUACUAUUGCAUCAGAACUUUUUGAGCCUUUCUAUUGUGCAAUAAUUGACACAUUUUGUAUUUUUUGUAACUGGACAGCAUGCUUGGUGUGUUUUGGCUACUUAGAGAGAAAAAAUUGUCCUUGGCUAGUGGGUCUGGUUGUACAUGUGUCGCUGUUGAUACUUUCAAUUUUGUCAACAUAAAAAAAGAUUAGUUUAACCCAAGCUGCAUACAUACUGUUUUACAUAUCAUGUGCAGUUUUGUGUUCAAGCAUAGCAGACGGUGUCAUAUUUUCAAAACAUCAAGAC